GCGCCGUGAACGAGCAUCAGUCCGCGUUCAACCACCACACACGACACUCACAUCUAUCGACUCUCGUGUUUACAAAUAACCUACGCUCGUGCGUAUACGUCCGCUGCAGCGGAGUGACAGUGUUCGCGGGUGCAACGGUGGCCGGCGCAACGGAGGCGGUGCAAGGCAUGUUGAUGGCGGGCGCUCUGCCGGCCGAGUCCGAGGGGCUUUUGGCUUUAGGCGCGCUCCCAGGACAGAAGGACACCACAUGGACUAAGCUCUUUGUCGGUGGUCUGCCAUAUCAUACCACGGAUAAGAGCUUAAGAGAACAUUUUGCAGUUUACGGAGACAUAGAAGAGGCCGUCGUUAUCACAGACAGACAGACCAGUAAAAGCAGAGGUUAUGGAUUUGUUAUAAUGGGUGACCGAGCGGCGGCGGAGCGAGCGUGCAAGGAUCCUAACCCUAUCAUAGACGGAAGAAAAGCAAACGUCAACCUAGCAAUAUUAGGGGCCAAACCCAGAGGAAACUUAGCGCCAGGAUUUGGAUUGGCAGCAGCCGCAGCGGCGGGUGUUCGCGCCGGCUAUCCUACAGUUUUGCCAGCGCAUUAUGGGUUAUCUCCGGGGUACGUGUACGGUGCUCCUAGUUAUGUGGGGACAGUCGGUGGAGUGGGGUCGGGCGUGGGCUCUGGAGCUGGAGGGCUAGUCCAAUUGCCGCAACUACAACAUGCCGCCGCAGUAGCCGCGGCCAAUCAUCUUUAUGAAUACCAAGCAGCUGCUGCUCAAGGGGCAGCUGCCUACCAACAGCAAUACGCAGCGGCAGGAUUUGAUCCUUAUGCAACCGCAGCAGCAGCUGCCGCAGCAGCUAGUGGAGCUGGGUACAUGUCACCUUAUUAUGCUCUGCCUGGUGGUGGAGUGCAAACACAACUUCUUCCUCCACUCCCGUACCCACCACAACUCCAAGAGGCACGUAUGCAGUAAAGCGUAAGCUAACCAGUGGCAUGAAAAGAUACAAGUUACGAUAAAAAGCCACUACCAAAAACGCGGUACCAACUAUGUGAUGAGGUAGUAAGUAUUGUUUAGUGAAAUCUUGUCGUCAGCUGGCGAAAACAUGGUUUCGUUACCGCAAUAAACCAAAUAUCCAUUACAACCAAUAUCAUGUUACUAUUACAAUUUGUAUCAACCAAAUAUAUUAAUAAAUGACCAAAGCUAUAAGCUUUUACACUAGUAUUAAGACAUUAUGAGGGUACUUAUAGAUAUGUCAGUACAGAGGUGAAGGAGUUAGGAAAUUA